AUGGCUCCCUGCAUCAUGAAGAUGACUCUUAUUCUGCUCAUCACGGUUGUACUUUGCAGCUCCCCAGGCGCCGGCUCGUCCCGCGGGGUUGUGCCCAGCCUCCUGCAGACCCUUCUCGAGGGCACCCCCGAGCAGCUGCAAUCCGGGCCCCUGUCCCGGUACAGCAUCGACGAGGCGACUCGAGCCGCUCUGGCUGCGCUGAAGGAGUGUAUCGACGCGCUGCCUCGCGAGCACGUGAAGGCCCUCACCAGCCUGCUGAAACUUGUGCGCGCAGAGGUGUGA